CCGUCCCCUGCCCGGUAUGAGCUGGGUCUCUAGGGCUCGAGGAUGGGGAGCUGGGCCCUGAAGGUGGCUGGGGGCUUUCUGGCUGCACUGCUGCUGACUGGCAGCGGGUUCCCGUUGUUGGGCACCCCGAAGCCACGAGCGGCCGGGACUGGCAGCGAGCCCAGGAGGGCGAGGAGCCCGGCUGACUCUGCACUGGGGCUGCACCAUCACCAGCAGCACCAGAGACACGUGGCUAGGAACAGCUGUGCACCUGACGACCCCUCGUACUCGCCAAAGCGCUGCUGCCAGAAGUGCCCGGCAGGGAAGUUUAUGACGUCUCCCUGCACGAGCCGUGGCAACGACACGACCUGCAAGAGCUGCCCGCCCGGCACCUACCUCUCCUUCCAGAACCUCGAGCGGGAAUGUCGAAAGUGCUCCGAGUGCCAAGCGCAAGCUUCCCAGCUCGUGCUGAAGAACUGUACCGAGACGAGCGACAUCGAGUGCGGCUGUGGGGCCGGCCACUUCAUGCAGUGCAUGGACCCUGCCUGCAGAGACUUCACCUGCCAGGAAUGUCGCCGGUGCAAGGGCAGGGCCACCCAGAAGAACUGUUCAGAGAAGGAGGAUGCCCAGUGUGGGAACUGCCAGCCUGGCUUCUACCUGGAGGGCAGCGAGUGCCGAGCGUGUUCCAGCCAGUUCCCCGAAAAGUGCGGUGAAGGGUGCGGCGGGUCAUGCGGUGGCAGCAGCCAAGGCUCUGGGCUGGAGUACAUCCUGCUGGGCCUCAUGGGGCCCCUCUUCCUAGGAGCGCUCGUCAUCUACCACAAGAGGAGGACGAUCCGGAAUGAUUCCCCAGCAGCCGGUGAGGCCGCAGCAGUGAAAGACUCGACGCUGCAGCAGGCCUCAGCGUGUCCGUCCGGAACCGUAGAAAAGCCCCCGGAGUCGCAGGGUUUGCUCCACCUUCAGGUCACGGAGGCAUCGCAAAUGAACGGCAACGCCUGUCCAGUCAGGCCCCUUGGCAGCCGGGACACCUGGGAGUCGCCCGCGGGGCCCCAGGACACAGCAAGGCCCCUCCCUGGCGUGCUCCCGCAGGGCAGCAGGCUGUACGACAUCAUCAACACGGUACCCGUGCGGCGCUGGAAGGAGUUCAUGCGGGUGCUGGAGCUGCACGACGGCGAGAUCGAGGUGGUGGAGCUGGAGUUCGCCCACGUCCGGGACCAGCAGUACGAGAUGCUGAAGAGGUGGUACCAGCAGAAGAACGCCACGCUGGAGUCCAUCUUCUCAGCCCUGGAGCGCAUGGAGCUGGCCGGCUGCGCCGAGGAGCUGAGGCAGCGGCUGCAGAGGUGCCCGUGAGCCUGCCCAGCAGCGAGCUGCUGACGCUGCUAGCCAGGGCUGGCUUCCCUGGCUGCCCUCCACGGGCUCUGACUUGGGAUGGGAAGGAGAAGGCCUCUCCCAGGCCAGCGGAGCCAGCCCUGCUGUCGCUGCGGGCAGGGCCUGCCACGGCCUGGCGCUUGGAGGAGCCCUGUCAGCAGAUCUGGCGGCUGCUCUACAACCAGGACCCUAGUGAGGGAGGGCAGCUCUAUGAACGCCCUGAGCAAUGCUGUGCCCGGGGCCAGCGAAGCCGCACGCCGCUCCUCUGCACAAUGGCGGCACUGGGACGAGAGGGGACACACAGCAGGCGUCACCGCUCCCUCCCCUUGUAAGGAAAGCCUGCAUCUCAGCCCGCGAGGAGCCGGGUGUGCGGAUGGCAGCCGGGGAAGCAAUGCACCCCUGGAGCAACAGACUAGGUGGUGGCAGCAGACCAGGGCAGGCAGAGGGAUGGUCUCAGCAUCAUUGCCGCUGUGCUGCUGCUGAGUCACGCUUCCCUCGCCCGGCUCCAUUUCCAAACGGGCCUCUCCAGGGGCACAGACACUGCCAGGGCUGGGGGGCAGAACCCCCGCCCCACAGGACGCAGGCCCUGGAGAGCCCUCCCCAGCUGUGCCCCAGGCACCUCUCCACAACCCCAGCUUUCCCUCUGAAGGGGGAAUUGGGGUUCUUGUGGAAAGUCCCCCCGAUCCUGCUAGGUUUACAAAGCAAACCCUGCUCAGCCGGCUCCAGGUGCAGGGCAUGGAGCGUCCCCAGCCCUGGCUAGACUGAGCACCCCGGAGCAGCGCAGGGCUGGGGCUGGAGCCCCUGCCGGCAGCUUAGUGCUAACUCUCGCAGCUGAGGCUGGUCGUGUGGGCAGCUUCCUAGAUCCCCGUGGCUAAGGAAGGGAGCGUGUCCCCUGGGCCCUGCCACUGAGUCAGGGCAGGACCUUGGGCCAGUCAGCUCACCGCUCUGGCCCCAUUUCCCCGUGCAGGAUGCUGCUAACCUGCGUCAGGCAGCGGAAGCACGCGGAGCCCCGGGGGCGAGAGGCACUGCCAGCAAAGGGCUGGUUCUAGUGUCAGGUCCAGGCUCCUCCGGAGGAGGGGGUCUCAGGGCCAAGCCAGAUCAGAGUUGAGCUGAGGGGUAUCCUGGAGCCCCGGUGCUGAGCUGGCCUCGUCCUGUGCCCAGCGCUGACUCGACAACACUAGCACCUGAAGCAGAGGGGUGACUCUGGUAGUGCUCCCUCUGGGCUCAGAGUCCCCUGGGACUCCACACUGCCCGCACCGGGGUCCCUCGCCUGGCGCCAGCCUGCUUAGCAACCCCAGGGAGAUGGCAGCUUGUCCCAUCUGGGAGCUGUUCUAGCGGGCCUUGCUCCAGGGCUCGCCAUGUCUGCUGAAAAAGCACUUUGUGUACGUGCCUGUGUGGCCAAACUCAGGAAGAAAAGUCUAGCAACCAAAAAUGCUGCCCCCCACCCCGGAAACAACAUGCCUCUGGCACAGAGCCUUAAAGGGAAGGGAGGCUGAGUGGCACGGCCCAGGAGACCUGCUUUGCUGGCUAGCUACAAGAUUCACCCAUCACGUGGGAGCCUUUAAAAGCAGCCAGGCUCCAUUACUGCCACCUGGGGCCUCUGCUGGCCCCAGGUGGGGGCAGGUUUGCCGAUCCCCCGGUGGCCAGCUCAGCUGCGAGUGGCUUAGUCCAGCAGCCCCCUGGGGAGGGCUGGGGCAGCGCUGCUUGGGGGGAUGGGAGCACUGUACCAGUAAGUAUUGUUACUUAUCUUCGGUAGACAUUUUAUGUCAAUUAUUUGUAUUGCUGGUUCUGCCCUGCAGUAGCAGGGGCAGACCCGUUCUGUUCUUGUGUUGGAACGGGACGGGGCCUCUUCGGAGCUGGGGCCUGCCCCAGCGAGCUGAGGAGAGGUGGCAGGUUCGUACCUUAUUUAUACCCCAUGUUGCCUUGAGGAAAGUGAUCUGAAUCGGUUACAUGUCACACC